AGUCCAAGAUUCGAAGAGGGGGAGAUCCUCAUAUAGGGAAUAGCUGGUGACUGCUACGGCCAAUAAUCUGUGAAUUGUUUAAGUGUUAACAUCCUCGAUAUAAUUAUAAAAGCGCACUAAGAAAGUGGCAGUUUGAGCUUUCAUGAUAAGGGGUCAAAGCUCAAGCAUGGCGCCAGCAGUGGUGGCUGUUUUCGUAAUAUCGCUGUUCGUAGAAUCGUUCUCAGCACCGAACGGGUGUAUCAGAUGUGUAACAUCAGAUACUACCGGUGGCUACCAAACGCAGAGUGGUUGGGUAAAUAGCAACAACUUAUCGCAGAGGUCAGCGAAUUUGGAAGAUUUGAUACAACAAGUAGAGGGUGAACUCGGUGGACCCCACAAUCAGUUAGCCUUUGAUAAUACCAGGCCUGGAAACUGGAGGGACGUGAAGCAGUAUCGAACAGCUGACGGUCAUGGUAGGGUGUACGAAGAGCAAGGUCAACAAGUUCAAGGCCCAGUCCAAGUGAGAUAUUACAAAAAAAAUUUCACCUCGAGCUACAGCAGCGGAAACCCAGGUGGUUUUGAAGUACCGUCUUUAUCUGGAUUUGAUUUUGACAACAUUCGAUACGGUAGUCAAUCGGCAAACCAGGGCAGUUUUGGCCAGGAACAGAACUCUGCUUACGAUCAAUCUGCAAUCCGUGAAAAUUCAUACGCUUCGCAGGGUUCUUUACAUUCGGCAAAUCAAUUCAGCAGCCAGGAUGAAAGACUAGGAAGUCAACAGCAACGCGUAACGAGCAGUCAGUUUGGCGAAAAUACAUCCGGAUUCAACAGUUGGUCGACGCAGCAAGGAUUGUCUGAACAGGAAUCACUGAGGCCAGGAAAUUGGACCACAGCUAACACUUAUAAAACUGACGGAGGUAACGGCAGGGUGUACGAAGAACGAGGACAAGUUGUUACAGGACCGCAAAAAAUUCGUUUCUACAGGAAAAAUUAUACCUCGACUUACAGCUCGGAUGGCGGGAUUCCAAAUUUGAUUUCAGGGACUGAUGGAGCUACAACCUUUGAAAGAGAAGUACAGCAACUGCAGAGACAGAUUGAUUCUAUGGGACGAGAGGUUCAUCAAGCUGGUCAACAUUUCUCAAAUAGCGAUUACGUGCAGCAGACUUCUAGAAAUUACGGACAGUCAAGUCCGACUGUAGACCGUACAAACUUCAGACAUGUGUCAACGACAGGUAACUACGGGUCACAGAACUAUGAUAACUUGGGAUUAGAUUCUCAACAAAUACGGCACGGUGCUUAUGACAGCGAAAGUCAACGUGUAUAUCAGACUGGGAGCAGUAUUAAUAGGCAAAUAGAAAGUGGAAACCAAAGGGGUCAAACUUAUGGCCACAUGACCGGCAGCUACGACAAUACCAAUGGACAUGGUGCUGGGGGAGUACAAAAACCGAUUUACCCAGAAUUAAAUACUCGGCAAACUCAGCGUCAUUAUCUUUCUCAGUCUGAGCAGGAAGAGUAUAUACGCAAUCACGGGUCUCAAAGUUGGAACCAAGAUCAAGUGUCCACUGGUAAUUUGAAUCGUGAGCAGCAAAUUCAUCAUUCUUCAUCACAUAAUGCAGGAACAGGACCAGGCCGCAUUCAGCAUUAUGAUCAAUUUCAAACUACCUCUUCGUCUUCGUCCCAGUAUCCGAAUAUUGACAGACGAUACCUCCAAGCUGAUAGUAAUAGAGAAACACAACAAACGCAUGGUGUGAGCCAGGAUAAAACCGUCGGUAAUAAUUAUCACAGGAAUUACAGAAUUCAAUCUGGAAGACUGAGUACACAGGGUAUUGAUUUAGGGCGACUGGCACACGGACCUGAUUGUGUAGAUACUGCAAGUGGACAUACCACGUAUGAGCAUUCCCAAUAUCAUACACAAUAUAGACGGAAUACUGAAGAUUUUGAUCAACAAACCCAACAUAUCAACCAGCACACGGAAGAUCUUACCCAGCAAACAGAAGAUCUUACCCAACAAAUAGAAGAUCUUACCCAACAAACAGAGGAUUUAACUCAGCAAACACAAGAUCUUACCCAACAGACGGAGGACUUUAGUCAACAAUCACAGGGUGUUAUUGAGCAAUCAGGAGACCUUACCCAGCAAACACAGGAUCUUACCCAGCAAACACAGGAUCUCACUCAACAAACAGAGGACUUAACCCAGCAAACACAAGAUCUUACCCAACAGGCGGAGGAUUUUAGUCAACAAUCACAGGGUGUUAUUGAGCAAUCGGGAGACCUUACCCAGCAAACACAAGAUCUUACUCAACAGACGGAGGACUUUAGUCAACAAUCACAGGGUGUUAUUGAGCAAUCGGGAGACCUUACUCAGCAAACACAGGAUCUUACCCAACAAACGGAGGAUCUUACCCAGCAAACACAGGAUCUGACCCAACAGACGGAGGACUUUAGUCAACAAUCACAGGGUGCUAUUGAGCAAUCGGGAGACCUUAGUCAGCAAACACAGGAUCUUACCCAACAAACGGAGGAUCUUACCCAGCAAACACAGGAUCUGACCCAACAGACGGAGGAUUUCAGUCAACAAUCACAGGGUGUUAUUGAGCAAUCGGGAGACCUUACCCAGCAAACACAGGAUCUUACCCAACAAACGGAGGAUCUUACCCAGCAAACACAAGACCUUACCCAACAGACGGAGGACUUUGGUCAACAAUCGCAGGGUAUUAUUGAGCAAUCGGGAGACCUUACCCAGCAAACACAGGAUCUUACCCAACAAACGGAGGAUCUUACCCAGCAAACACAAGACCUUACCCAACAGACGGAGGACUUUGGUCAACAAUCGCAGGGUAUUAUUGAGCAAUCGGGAGACCUUACCCAGCAAACACAGGAUCUUACCCAACAGACGGAGGAUUUCAGUCAACAAUCACAGGGUGUUAUUGAGCAAUCGGGAGACCUUACUCAGCAAACGCAGGAUCUUACCCAACAAACGGAGGAUCUUACCCAGCAAACACAAGACCUUACCCAACAGACGGAGGACUUUGGUCAACAAUCGCAGGGUGUUAUUGAGCAAUCGGGAGACCUUACCCAGCAAACAGAGGAUCUUGCCCAGCAAACACAGGAUCUUACCCAACAAACAGAGGAUCUUACCCAGCAAACACAAGAUUUUACCCAACAGACGGAGGACUUUACGCAACAAUCACAGGAUUUCACACAGCAAACGGAAGAACUCCCUCAACAAACACAAGGAUAUAUUCAACAAUCGCAAGAUCUGACGCAACAGAUAGAAGAUCUUCCUCAACAAACGGAAGGAUUUAUUGCAGAAUCAGGAAACCUUGGCCAGCAAGUUGAGGAUCUUACCCAACAAACCGUAGAUGUGACACAAAGUCUUCAACAAGAAUCUGGUCACUCCAUAGAUGUAGGGGAGCCAAACUAUGUGCCGCAUGUAUCAAAUUUUAAAGAUGUGCAUGAAUUGUUUUUCGAUGAUGAAAAAGAAGACAAUAGACAUCAAGAGAUAGAGAAGAUCUCUCCACAAGAGGAAGAUCUCACCCAACAAACACAAGAUCUUAACCAAGAAACAGAGGACCUUACCCAGCAAACACAGGACCUUACCCAGCAGACGGAGGACUUUAAUCAACAAUCGCAGGGUCUCACUCAAGACACGGAAGACCUCUCACAGCAAAUUACUGGUGGAAAUUCAGACUUUGGACAGCAGACUAAUUGGGGGCUCGAUCGUUUUCAAGUUGGAGAUCAACAGGUCGAAGAUCUGAACCAAAGAACACAGGGUCUCACUCAAGAAACGGAAGACCUCUCACAGCAAAUUACUGGUGGAAAUUCAGACUUUGGACAGCAGACUAAUUGGGGGCUCAAUCAUUUUCAAGUAGGAGAUCAACAGGCCGAAGAUCUGAACCAAAGAACACAGGGUCUCACUCAAGAAACGGAAGACCUCUCACAGCAAAUUACUGGUGGAAAUUCAGACUUUGGACAGCAGACUAAUUGGGGGCUCGAUCAUUUUCAAGUAGGAGAUCAACAGGCCGAAGAUCUGAACCAAAGAACACAGGGUCUCACUCAAGAAACGGAAGACCUCUCACAGCAAAUUACUGGUGGACAUUCAGACUUUGGACAGCAGACUAAUUGGGGGCUCGAUCAUUUUCAAGUAGGAGAUCAACAGGCCGAAGAUCUGAACCAAAGAACACAGGGUCUCACUCAAGAAACGGAAGACCUCUCACAGCAAAUUACUGGUGGAAAUUCAGACUUUGGACAGCAGACUAAUUGGGGGCUCGAUCAUUUUCAAGUUGGAGAUCAACAGGCCGAAGAUCUGAACCAAAGAACACAGGGUCUCACUCAAGAAACGGAAGACCUCUCACAGCAAAUUUCUGGUGGAAAUUCAGACUUUGGACAGCAGACUAAUUGGGGGCUUGAUCGUUUUCAAGUUGGAGGUCAACAGUCCGAAGAUCUGAACCAACAAGUAACAAGUAACUCAGGAAUUUACAAUGGAAAUUUAAAUCAAUUCAGACAAGAUCAAGUAUUGGACUACCCAGCGCAAGUAGGAAUACAGCCUGCACCAAAACCAAAACCAAAACGUCCAAAACACAGAACAAUGCACAUACAAGAAUUUUCCACAGAACAGGAACAGCCAUCAAUGGCUAAUAUACAAAAUGGUGCACCAGAAAUCAUUGUGACUUCCCCAUCAAACAGAGGAGAUCAACCCAGUCAUGAAACAAUUUCCAAUACAGAAUUAUACGGUAGUGAACAGUCACAUCGAGUUCAGCCGACUAAAACUGGGGGCCGUCGGAGGAAUAGGUAUUACGGCAUUCAACAUAAACCUCAAGUUAACCAAGGAGAACAUGGGCAGGAUUCGCAAGUAGAGCAUGUUCCAAACGAGGUAACGACCAGCCAAGAGCCGACUCUAAGAUACACCCAUGUAAGUCAACUUGACAAACAGAAUUCAGGCGAUUCAAAUGUCAAUCCAAAAAAUGUACAACCGAUUCCUGAGAUUGAAAACAGAUUUAUAGAAGCAUACGGAGCAAAUGGACCAUACAACAGUGAUCAUGAACCAGAUUUAUUUAAUACUGUUAAACCAAAUCCAAGUGCAAUAUUACCACCUGUAGAUGGCGACAAGGAACCUUUCGAAAUUAUUUGGUCAACUACAUCCACAGAGCCCACAACUACAUCCACAGAGCCCACAACUAUGACCACCGAGGUCUCAAUUCCAACAACCACUGAGCCUCCAAUUUCUACAUCCACAACUGUCCCUCCGCCAACAACAACUGCUGCUCCCUCAUUAUGGCGCAGAUUUAGAAACAGAGUUAGUAACACAAUAGACAAAGCCAGAGAACGCGCAAUAAGUAUCUUUGGUUAACUAGUGCUAUUGGAUGACUGUAGUUCUACUGACUAUCAACAUUCUUUCAUUUUGACCAACUAUAAUUGUACAGUCAUAACUAAUUCAGACGUAAUAUCAUAGCUAUUUGCCAAUAAUAUAAAUGUAAAAUGUUCUAACAAAGGUGAGACCAAAGAAUCUUGUGUGCCAUCAGUUAUUACAAACAGUUCUAAUUUCACUUUUUUCUUUUGCAUUGUAUUUUGCUUUCAAGCCAUUCGAUGCUUUGUAGGUAUUCUUACUAGAAGGUAAAUUUUUUUUAUAAAGUUAACUAUUACAAAAAUGAGUAUACAGUGUCAGGUAACCAAUGGUAAAAAAAAAACGGAAUACUGAUAUGUUUUCAAAGCUUGCGUGUGUAUGUUUGUAUGAAUUGAUUAUUGCGAUAGUCUGGCAAAAAAUUAUUCAUCAAUAAUACAGUAAUGAUAUGAAAUAUUGUUAGUAUAAAGAAUUAACGUUACAUUUACUUAGUAUUAAGAAUUUCACGACAUUUUAUGAAUAUGCGAGAAAUUGUAAUGCAUUGUCAUUUACGUUUAACUGAGUUAACAAAUUUUUUUAUACAAUUAAGCUACUGUUUCUUUAUUCCCUCAAAUUAUAACUAAGCAAAAAGUAAUAAUGAAUUCGUAGUGAUAUGCGAUAACGAGAACUUUUUUUCUGUUUAAUAAAUAUUGUAAACAUAAAGGAGCAAUCUGAUCAACUGACAUCAAGCACAGAAUAAGGGUAUUGACCUAAUGAUAAUUAUGAGCACUUAUCUCAACUUGCUUCGAAGUGGUCAGAAUUUAAUUUGACAUGAAUUGAUAAGAAGAAAUUGCGAAAACUCUAUGUAGUUGAAUUAUUACAUUUUUUCUUUUCUCAAUAUAAGAGACAUAUUUGGAAUCUGGCUAAAAUGUUUCUAGAAGGUUCAAUUUUAUUAUAAAAUUUUUGUAAAUGAAUGAAUAAAUUAAGUUUGGAAUUA